AUGGUCGUCGCCUCCCAGUUCUCGCCGCCGCCGCCUGGUCGCGACCUCCCAGUGCCCGCCGCCGCCGCCUGGUCGUCGCCUCCCAGUGCUCACCGCCACCUGAUCGUCGCCUCCCAGUUCUCGCCGCCGCCGCCUGGUCGCCGCCUCCCAGUGCCCGCCGCCGCCGCCUGGUCGUCGCCUCUAAGUGCUCACCGCCGCCUGGUCGCCGCAUCCCGGUGCCCGCCGCCGCCGCCUGGUCGCCGCCUCCCGGUGCCCGCCGCCGCCGCCUGGUCGUCGCCUCCGAGUGCUCGCCACCUCCGCCUGGUAGUCGCCUCCCAGUGCUCGCCGCCGCCGUCUGGCUGUCGCUUCCCAGUGCUCGCCACCGCCGCCUGGUCGUCUUCUCCCAGUGCUCGCCGCUGCCGCCUGGCUGUCGUCUCCCUGUGCUCGCCGCCGCCGCCUGGUCGCCGCCUCCCGGUGCCCGCCGCCCCGCCUGGUCGUCGCCUCCCGAUGCCCGCCGCCCCGCCUGUUCGUCGCCUCCCGGUGCCCGCCGCCGCCGCCUGGACGUCGCUUUCCAGUGCUCGCCGCCGCCGCCUGAUCGUCGUCUCCCAGUGGUCGCCAACACAUGGUCGUCGCCUCCCAGUUCUCGCCGCCGCCGCCUGGUCGCCGCCUCCCAGUGCCCGCCGCCGCCGCCUGGUCGUCGCCCCUAAGUUCUCACCGCCACCUGAUCGUCGCCUCCCAGUUCUCGCCGCCGCUGCCUGGUCGCCGAAUCCCGGUGCCCACCGCCGCCGCCUGGUCGUCGCCUCUGAGUGCUCGCCACCCCUGCCUGGUAGUCACCUCCCAGUUCUCGCCGCCGCCGCCUGGUCGUCGCCUCUGAGUGCUCUGCCACCCCUGCCUGGUAGUCGCCUCCCAGUGCUCGCCGCCGCCGUCUGGUCGUCGCCUCCCAGUGGUCGCCACCACAUGGUCGUCGCCUCCCAGUUCUCGCCGCCGCCGCCUGGUCGCCACCUCCCAGUGCCCGCCGCCGCCGCCUGGUCGUCGCCUCCCAGUGCUCACCGCCACCUGAUCGUCGCCUCCCAGUUCUCGCCGCCGCCGCCUGGUCGCCGCCUCCCAGUGCCCGCCGCCGCCGCCUGGUCGUCGCCUCUAAGUGCUCACCGCCGCCUGGUCGCCGCAUCCCGGUGCCCGCCGCCGCCGCCUGGUCGCCGCCUCCCGGUGCCCGCCGCCGCCGCCUGGUCGUCGCCUCCGAGUGCUCGCCACCUCCGCCUGGUAGUCGCCUCCCAGUGCUCGCCGCCGCCGUCUGGCUGUCGCUUCCCAGUGCUCGCCACCGCCGCCUGGUCGUCUUCUCCCAGUGCUCGCCGCUGCCGUCUGGCUGUCGUCUCCCUGUGCUCGCCGCCGCCGCCUGGUCGCCGCCUCCCAGUGCCCGCCGCCCCGCCUGGUCGUCGCCUCCCGAUGCCCGCCGCCCCGCCUGUUCGUCGCCUCCCGGUGCCCGCCGCCGCCGCCUGGACGUCGCUUUCCAGUGCUCGCCGCCGCCGCCUGAUCGUCGUCUCCCAGUGGUCGCCAACACAUGGUCGUCGCCUCCCAGUUCUCGCCGCCGCCGCCUGGUCGCCGCCUCCCAGUGCCCGCCGCCGCCGCCUGGUCGUCGCCUCUAAGUGCUCACCGCCGCCUGGUCGCCGCAUCCCGGUGCCCGCCGCCGCCGCCUGGUCGUCGCCUCUGAGUGUUCGCCACCUCCGCCUGGUCGCCGCCUCCCGGUGCCCGACGCCCCGCCUGGUCGUCGCCUCCCGAUGCCCGCCGCCCCGCCUGUUCGUCGCCUCCCGGUGCCCGCCGCCGCCGCCUGGACUUCUCGCCGCCGCCGCCUGGUCGCCGCCUCCCAGUGCCCGCCGCCGCCGCCUGGUCGUCGCCUCUAAGUGCUCACCGCCGCCUGGUCGCCGCAUCCUGGUGCCCGCCGCCGCCGCCUGGUCGUCGCCUCUGAGUGUUCGCCACCUCCGCCUGGUCGCCGCCUCCUGGUGCCCGCCGCCCCGCCUGGUCGUCGCCUCCCGAUGCCCGCCGCCCCGCCUGUUCGUCGUCUCCCGGUGCCCGCCGCCGACACCUGGACGUCGCUUUCCAGUGCUCGCCGCCGCCGCCUGGUCGUCGUCUCCCAGUGGUUGCCACCACAUGGUCGUCGCCUCCCAGUUCUCGCCGCCGCCGCCUGGUCGCCGCCUCCCAGUGCCCGCCGCCGCCGCCUGGUCGUCGCCUCUAAGUGCUCACCGCCACCUGAUCGUCGCCUCCCAGUUCUCACGCCGCCGCCUGGUCGUCGCCUCCCGGUGCCCGCCGCCGCCGCCUGGUCGUCGCUUCCGAGUGCUCGCCACCUCCGCCUGGUCGUUGCCUCCCAGUGCUCACCGCCACCUGAUCGUCGCCUCCCAGUUGUCGCCGCCGCCGCCAGGUCGCCGCCUCCCAGUUCUCGCCGCCGCCGCCUGGUCGCCGCCUCCCAGUGCCCGGCGCCGCCGCCUGGUCGUUGCCUCCCAGUGCUCACCGCCACCUGAUCGUCGCCUCCCAGUUCUCGCCGCCGCCGCCAGGUCGCCGCCUCCCAGUUCUCGCCGCCGCCGCCUGGUCGUCGCCUCUGAGUGCUCUGCCACCCCUGCCUGGUAG